GCUAGACAAGAAAUACAAUCAACACCUGAAUCAAUUCCUGGUUUGAUAUCUAAUCUUAUACAAGAAAGUGCUGCGCCUACUAAGAUCAAUAUCUCAUGGAAUCCUCCUACAAUACCUAAUGGUAUCGUUAGAGUAUAUGAGAUAAGAUAUAGAGAGUCUACCAGUGCUGGUCCAUACAAUAUAACUAACAAUACUAACACUCAAUGCAGUAUAGUAGAAUUGAUAUCUAAUACUAGUUAUACUAUUGGAGUGAGAGCAUAUACUAAUAUUGGACCAGGAGAAUGGACUGAUAGAGACUAUGCUACUGCUGAAAUACCUAUAGUUCAAAUCUUUUUUGUCACAAAGUUCAUUUCUACAGCAGUAUUAGUUGAAUGGGGUUCAGUUACUGGAGUGAGUCAUUAUACAGUCUAUUAUGAAUCAUCCAAUGCCUCAAGGAUCAUGAGACAAGUAGAUGCAGGAAUGAGAGUUUUCUCAGCGGAUAUUACUGAAGGCAUAAUAGGAGGAUUAGAUCCUAAUCUGAACUACUUGUUCUCUAUAUCUACAUCAAUUAAUAUUGAUGGAAUCAUUUAUGAAGGCCAGAGAAAUAAUCCUAUACCACCAGUUCCUUAUCCUAAUGGGAAUUAUGUGACAACUGCUGUGACAAGUACUGUGACAAGUACUGUGGUGAGCACUGUGACUACUGCAUUGCUGAAUAAUGGAGAAAAAAUUGGACUUAUAGUUGGUGUAUCUGUAGUAUAUAUUCCCAUUUUAAUACUGGCUAUAAGCUUACUAGUAAUUGUUUUGUACAUGAAAAAAGCUAAUAAUAUUAGACAACGAAAAUCAGAGGAUGGCAUUGUAAUGAAAUGCAGUCCAGCUUAUGCUACAACUGAAUUUAAGACAAAAUCAAAUGUUGAGCUAGUGUAUGAUGCACCUGGCUCUGAGACUCCUAACCUCCAGGCUCUUCCACCGCCUACUGAAUAUGAAGUACUAACUGUUUGAUAAUGAUUAUUUUUCUAUAAUGCACAAACUUUUAGUCAUGCAAAUAAACAUUUAUUUUGUGCAUUGUAUACAUGAAUGUUACCAGUAGAUAUACACUGUGUGCAUGUGUUAUAAUUAGAAAUGUUUGCUAAUGUUGUUUAAAGUAAUCAUGCUAAACCUUAAA